CCUUCCUGGGCUUGAUAAACCCAGGCCCUGUUCCUGGGCUUCCCUAGUGCUCAGACAGCUGCCCGGGGGACCAUACCAGGACUGACUCUGUGAGAGUGCAGAAGAUGCAUCUUGCCAACCACUUGCUCCUCCUUCUGGUCAGACUGCUGGUCCUUUCUCAUGGUCAGCUGCACCCUGAGCACUACAGCCAGGGUAACACUGGCAUCCCCCAUCAGGAAGCUCCAAGCAUAGGUGAGGGCUCCCCCAGCCUCAAGAUUGCCCCAGGGAAUACAGCCUUUGCUCUCCACUUCUACCACCUGAUGGCUUCCCAAAGUCCUGACAGCAACAUCUUCUUUUCCCCACUGAGCAUCUCUGCCUCCUAUGCCAUGCUGUCCCUGGGGGCCCGCUCGCACAGCCAGACCCAGAUCCUUGAGGGUCUGGGCUUCAACCUCACAGAGCUGUCCGAAUGGGACAUCCACCAGGGCUUCCAGCACCUCCUACACACUCUCCACCUCCCGGGUAACGGGCUGGAGAUGCACAUGGGCAGUGCCCUGUUCCUGAGCCAGGACCUGCUGAUCCUUCCGGAAUUUCUUAACGACAGUGUGGCCUUCUAUGAAUCCAAACUCUUCCUCACCAACUUCCACAACUCUGUGGGCACCGCCCAGCUCAUCAAUGACCACAUCAAGGAGGAAACUCAAGGGAAAAUUGUGGAUUUGGUCAGCCACCUGAGCACAGACAUCACAAUGGUGCUGGUGAAUUACAUUUACUUCAAAGCUCUGUGGGAGAAACCAUUCAUUCCCUCGAAGACCACUUCCCAAGACUUCUAUGUUGAUGAGAAUACAGUAGUCAAGGUGCCUAUGAUGCUGCAGGACACACAGCACCACUGGUAUCUUCAUGACAGAUUCUUGCCCUGCUCGGUGCUGCGAAUGGAUUAUCAAGGAAACAUGAUGGCCUUUUUCAUCCUUCCUGAUAAAGGGAAAAUGAAGCAGGUGGAGGAGGUCUUGACUCCAGAGAUGCUAACAAGGUGGAACAACUUGCUUCAGAAGAGGUAUUUUUAUAAGAAGCUCAAGCUGCAUUUACCCAAGUUCUCCAUUUCUGGCGCCUAUCAAUUAGAUCAGAUUUUGCCCAAGAUGGGCUUCAUGGAUCUGUUCUCGAAGCAGGUUGACCUGUCCGGCAUCACCAAAGAGCGAAAACUGCAGGUGUCCAAGAGUUUCCACAAAGCCAUUCUGGAGGUGGAUGAGAUUGGCACCCAGGCGGCAGCGGCCACUGGCAGCUUUAUCACCUUUAUGUCUGCCCAACACAAUCGCAGUGUCCUUCGGUUCAACCGGCCCUUCCUCGUGGCGAUCUUUUCCACCAACACCCAGAGCAUCCUUUUCCUGGGCAAGGUUGUCAACCCCACGAAACUAUAACCCUCCCAGGGCUGGCUCUUCUGUUACAAGCAGGAGGAUGUGGCCUGGGGGUCUUGGUGUGAGCAGCUCCAUGUUCGGAGGGGGGGGCGCAGAAGAUCCUGAGAGUCCAGGGCAGAAGCUGUUGGCAAGGGAGAGGGAUGUGGGUGGUGGGAGAUAUGUGUGAACUGGACACCCAGCUCCUCAGGGCAGAUCAUCUCACCGCUUUGAGCACCACCCUGGAAAGUGGGAGAAACCCUGCCAGGCGCUUGAAGGGAUCAAACACAGUGAUGGCUAUGAGGAGCUUGGUUUGGUGCCUUGCACAUAGUAGGUACGCAAUAAAUGCACCCUAUUCUCCAUCCCUUUGGGGUUUGCCCUGCGCUGCCCUGGCAUAGCUGGUCCCAGACAUGGGGGUGAGAUGCUCCAAGUUCCAGGGGGUUGGCAAGGUGUAUAUGGAAGGGGAAACAAGGUGGGCAGCCGGCCGGCUGUCCCCGGCAGGGUGGAUGACUUGUUUCUAGAGCGGGGGCUCUGAAGACCUUGGCUGGGAGAGCACAAGUCAAGGUGGCCACCAUAGCGACCUAGUGAGGAAGACCCAGCAAGACGGGCAGCACCCCCCAGGGUGGCACAGGCUCUGCCUCCUCCUUUGACCGUGGAGAUGUGGCCCAUCCGGCAGGAUCAAUGGCCAUGGUCACAGAUGCACCGCAGGAGAAGGAAGAGCAUGAGAUUGGAGCCUGGGGGCCUAUACUUACAUCCUGCUCUCCUGCUGAUGUACUCCAGGGCCUCUGGCCAAUCUCUUCCCUUCUUGAGGCUGCUUCUUCACCUGGCUAAUAGGGGCUUACCCAGAUGGUCCCACUCAGAUGUGGGGUGAAUUCUCUGAGCAGAGUCCACCCAGGGUCUUAGAGAAGAAACCUCUAUCCCUCCCACAAGAAGAGGCAGGCCAACAGAUCCUGGCUGUGUUUGUCCCAAACCUCAGUUAUAUACGGCAAACGCAUUUCCCCAGGCAGGGCUCUAGGGGUGUUCUUGUUGCUUAGUUGCUGUCACGAACCCAGAUUUCCACUGGUGACUGGAGAGACAGGCUGUGGGCCACCUCCAGCAUUGAGAGGACUGAUCCAGAGUCACAAUGAUCCAGGCUUUGCGUGACGUGGUCUCUGGCCCACAUCAUGCUACAGGUACAAGAAUAGGCCAUUGUGGGAAACCAGGAAAUCAAUAUCCAGGGCAGGAGACAGACUACCUGCUUAUGGUGGGAAAAGCUGUUGCGGAAGGAAGCUAGAGAGGGUGGGAAGGGGAGAUUUUGAGGUUCUCUCCCCUGGCCUCUAAAAUACAGCCCUGAGCUGGACAGGACAGCCUGGGACAACACUGGUAAAGGAAAGUCCCAGAGGAGGAAAGUGCUGAGCUCAUCAUACCAGCCCCGAGCUACACAUACAAGGCGCUGGAAAUGCUACAGGACCCCACGCCCUCCCAUGCUCAGAGGAAUGCAGACCCUCCUUUCCAUCCCCUGGUUUGAUUGGCUGAAAAGCAACUACGUUACUGAAAAUAUUGGUCCAUUUCCCCCUGCACCUGUUGAGAAGUUGAAUUCUGUUUUUUAAAGUCCGGCCCAGGCUGACACUGUCAUCUCUGCCCCUACAGAGGCAGGCAGGUGGGUGGAUUCAAGUGGGUCAGGUGAAAGGGCCUGGGGUUAUUGUGGCCCCUGCACUGCCCAGGGGCGUAGGAACGUGAAUCCCAGGUGUGACGAAGGGGAGGAAAGGGGAGCCGUCACCCUCAGUUCAGCCUUGGGAGUGAUGCCUCCAUAUUCUGAUGAAGCUGGUCCCUCCCCAGCUCAGAAGCCCUCAGUGGCUUCCUCUUGCCUACAAGAUAAAGCUCCCAAUCCUCUACUUGCAGUCAAGGCCCUCCCAACCUGGUCCCCACCUGCCUCUCCUGCCUUAGUUCCUCCUCCUGCACUUGUGUGUCCAGUGACUUCAGCCACAGAAACGUGCUGCUCCCCCAGGUGGUCCAUACAGGUCCCCAUUCCCCUUUCCCUGCCUCUGAGAAUCUACCAGGAUCUCCUAUAAAUGCCUCAUACCCUCCCCAAGGUGGGUUGCCAUCCUACCAUCAAACGUGUUUGGUGGACAGUAAUCUCUCCUCCCCUGGCCCCGAUUAGAUAGAACAUCUGGAAGGCAGGGCUCUGUUCACCCUGCAUUCCCUUCGCUCACCCCAGAACCUGGCCCCUGAGUUGAUCAUAUGGUCUGGCGUGUGGCUGAGGCUCAACCGGUAUUUGGUGAAUGAAUGAAUGAAUGAAUGAAUGAAUGAAUGAAUGAAAGAAAAAGGCUAUGCCCUGAGCAAGGUCCCUGAGCUGUUUGUUCUGCACCAUCCCCCUUGACACAUCCCUGGAAUUGAUUGGGUAAAUAUUUAUGCCAACUCCGCAGAUUUCCUAAAUGCCCUUUUGGAACAUUAAACCCAGAAAUCAAUUAAAAAAACUCCAUCCAGGACACCUUAUUCCCCCCGAGUGGUGCCCGGACUUCCUUCUCUUUUCUUUUGCUGCUCUCCUAUGGGGUCCCUUACUUGUGUGGCACUUGUUACACAACUUGAGAACCCACUUCUCAGGGACCAGCAUUCAGCACUCCGAAGGGCUGAGUGGGUUUGUGGUUUCAGUAGCUCUCUUGCAUGGGAAAAAUGGAGGCUUUCUGUACUUUGCAGCAGGAGGGCGGGGUGGGGGGGCAAUAGGGAGCGCCAUGAGCAUCAGCGGUAUACUCUGGGCACCCCGGAUGCCAGUGGAAUGAUGAGUUUGCCUGGCCCUCAUAAGUGGGUGUGUGGAGAUGCCUCAUGGGCUCUCUCGGUUAUUCAUUCUGUCAUUCAACAAAUAGUUACGAGGCGGGGAUUGGCCACUGGCCGGGAAACCAGGGGAUCUCCCCAGUGGAGGGGAUGGAGGGGGAGGCACUUGAAAUUUGGAUGGAAACAAGGAAGGAUGCAGCCCCAGCUUCUCCACUAACCCUGUGCAGUGGGGCAGGCACUUCAUCUCUCUGGAUCUCAACGUCCACUCUCCACCCCAUAAGUGGGCACAGAGCCCCCCGCAGCAGCUUUAGCAGCAGAGAGAGGAGGGUGGACAUGGGAUCCCCUGAAGCUACAGACCUAGGGGCCCCUGGCUCUGACUCAGUGUGGCAGGUGAGGGGCAGGAGGGAGCCCUCUCCAUCCCUGGCUGCCUGAGAAGGCGAGGGACCCUUCUCUGGGAAAAGGCAGAUCUAAAGCCGGUGGCUCCCAUGUUCCCAUACUCUGAGCAGCAGCUGCAGGGAGCAAAGCAUGGUGACGCGUGCUUCUAGGAGUUAUCAAGAAGCCACAGAACACCCAAGUAUAGAACCCAGACUUUGGAGUUGGAAUGCCUGGGUUCAAAUCUGGCUGCCACCGAUAACUGAGUGUAUUAGCUUGUUAGGGUGGUCAGUACAAAUCACCACAAACUGAGUGGUUUAACCAACAGAAAUGCAUUGUUCCAGAGUUCUGGAGGCUGGAAGUCCAAGAUCAAGGUGUUGGCAGGGUGGUGGUUCUUUUUGAGGACCGUGAGGGAGAAUCUGUUCCAGGCCUCCCUCCCAGCUUCAGGUGGUUUGCUGGACAUCCAUGGAAUUCUCUGUGUGUCUGUGUCCAGAUUUCCCCUUUUUAUAAGGACACAGGUCAUAGGGGAUUAAGGGUCCACUCCAGUGUGAUUUCAUCUUAACUAAUUCUAUCUGCAAUGACCCUAUAUUCAAAUAAGGUCAACUUCUAUGGUGGUGGAGGUUAGGACUUCAAUUUGGGGGGACAUAGUUCAACCCAUAACAGUAUGGGACAUGGGGUAUUCUGUGCCUCAGUUCCCUUAUCUGUAAAAUGGUGAUGAUACUGCCUAAUGCGGAAGCCCAUUUGGAGCGUUGGAUGAGUUAUUAUACAUAGAGCACACAUCUUUGGUGCCCCACAGAUGUUAACUAGUCUCUCAUUUCAUCUUUUGUCACAACCCUGUCCUCUAGAGCAAGUCACAACUUCGUACGACACAGGUCAUCUGAAUAGGUUAAGUGGGCUGAUAGUGUCAGGGUCCAGGCAGGUGGGUCAGCAAUGGCCCCCAUUUCAUUAAAGGCAUUUUUGCUCAACAUUGUAGCACUCAGCGGGCUGAGCAGAAUCCACCUCUGCCCCGGGUGAAACCCACCUGUUGGGAUGGUGGUCUCUGCUGCUCUUGGUGUUAAUGGAAAAAUAAAUCUAUUGUGAUCUAUGUAGUCCUUUAAAUUUCCAUAUUCUGGCCACUGACCCAUCCUACCCUCUCACUGGGGCUGUUACAGAUUCAAGUGUGUCACCUCAAAAUUCACAUGUUGAAGUCCUAACCCCUAAUGUGACUGUAUUUGGAGAUGGGGACUUUCGGGAAGGUAAUGAAAGUUAGGUGAGUCAUAAGGGCUGGGCUUUAAUCCCACAGGAACUGUGUGCUUAAAAGAAAGAGAUGCCAGGGCUGCGUCUCUCCCUCUCUCCCCUUAUGAACAAAGAGCCCGUGGAGAAGGUGCCAACUACAAGCCAGGAAGGGAGAUCUCACCAGAAACCAAAUCUGACGUCACCUUGAUCUUGGACUUCUAGCCUCCAGAAAUGGGAGAAAAUAAAUUUCUGCUGUUUAA